AUGGUUUUAUUGGGAAAUGAUGAGUUUCUUGCUGAGCUUACAAAAUUAUUUCAAAAAGCGCGUACUGCAGGAUCAGUGACUAUGACAAUGAAACGAUAUGACGGUCGUACUAAACCAGAACCUCGUGAUGGAAAGCCAGUAGUGAUAAACCCAGAAUACAAAUGUUUGGUACGAGCACAGUCUAAAAGUAAAAAAAUCUCAACGGUUGUAGAGCAGCGUGAUGUGGAGACAUUCAGUACUGCAUAUUCCAAUUUACUGAAAACAAGCGUGAAUGGGUUAAAACGUUUGAAAAAGCCGAAGAAAAAGGCGAUGGCUACUCAGUAA